CAGGUGUGGUGUAGGGAGAAGUAGUCCAGUCCAGGCACCUUUGGAUCAUCUUACACAUUCUUGCAGUCACAAGGAUUUCAACUGCUCUGACAGGCUGUGUGAACCAAACAUUUACGUCAAAACUGAUGACUGGGGGCCCUGCUUCUAUUCUCAUCUUUUUUACUGAAGUGGUUUCUUGGGUUUAGAGAGGACAUUCACUUAGAAUUUCAGAAGCUGGAGCAAGGAAAUGGACUCAGUGGUAUUCGAAGAUGUGGCCAUGGACUUUACUCAGGAAGAGUGGGCUUUGUUGGAUUUUUCUCAGAGGAAACUCUACAAAGAUGUAAUGGUGGAAACCUUCAGGAACCUGGAUUCAGUUUCUCAUCAGGAUAAUAAUGGACAAAAGUUAUCCAUUGAACACAUAAUAGUGCGAUUCAUGGAGAAUGAUUCCUGCUCGCCUGUGGUAGGAGAAAUCUGUGAAUUCCUUGACUAUGAAAAUCAGCACAAAAACCAGGAAAGGCGUUUCAGAAAAUAUAUGUUAGAGAGCCUCGGAGCAAGUAAACAAGAUAAAGUAACGAAAUAUAAAGAAGGUAAUCAGUGUGGAAAAACUUUCAGCCAGAUUGAAAAUCUUACUAGGCUCAAAAGAACUGCUGGAGUAAAUGCUUCUGAAUGUUCUGAGUGUGGAAAAGCCUUCAAGGAUCAUACAUUUAAGCAUCACAUCAGCUCUCACACUGGAUACAAAGCUUAUUAUUGUAAGGGAUGUGAAGAAGCCUGCAGUUGGCCUUCUUUCAUAAAACCUUAUUUGAGAACACUUACUGGAGAGAAACUUUGUAAGGAUUGUGGGGAGCCCUGUUGUUCCUCAUCGCUAACUAAACAUAUAAGAACUCACAGUAGAGAGAGGCCUUAUGAAUGCAAGGAAUGUAGUAAAGCUUUUAGUCAAUCCUCAGACCUCAUUACCCAUAUGAGAACUCACAGUGGAGAGAGGCCUUAUGUAUGUAAGGAAUGUGGCAAAGCCUUUAGUUUUUCUUCAAGCCUCACUAUCCAUAUAAGAACACACAGUAGAGAGAGGCCUUACGAAUGUAAGGAAUGUGGGAAAGCCUUUAGACAUUCUUCAAACCUCACUAUACACAUGAGAACUCACAGUGGAGAGAGGCCUUAUGAAUGUAAGGCAUGUGGGAAAGCCUUUAGUCGUUCCUCAUUCCUCUGUAACCAUAUAAAGAUUCACAGUGGACAGAGGCCUUAUGAAUGUAAGGAAUGUGGGAAAGCAUUUAAGCAGGCCUCAUCCCUAAUUCAACAUAGAAGAACACACAGUGGAGAGAGGCCUUACGAAUGUAAAGAAUGUGGGAAAGCCUUUAGUCGGUCCUCACACCUCACUCAACAUGAAAGAACACACAGUGGAGAGAGGCCUUAUGAAUGUAAGGAAUGUGGGAAAGUCUUUGGUUGCCUCCCAUACCUCACUAGACAUAUGAGAACUCACAGUGGAGAGAGGCCUUAUGUAUGUAAUGAAUGUGGGAAAUCAUAUAGUCGGUCCUCAACUCUCUCUUAUCAUAUAAGAACUCACACUGGAGAGAGGCCUUUUGCAUGUAAGGAAUGUGGGAAAGCCUUUACUUGUUUCUCACGCCUGACUGCACAUGUACGAACUCACAGUGGAGAGAGGCCCUAUGAAUGUAUUCAGUGUGGGAAAGCCUUUAGUUGUUUCUCACAGCUCACUAGGCAUAUGAGAACUCACAAUGGAGAGAGGCCUUAUGAAUGUAAGGAAUGUGGGAAAGCCUUUAGUCAGUCCUCAACCCUCUCUGGCCAUAUAAGAACUCACAGUGGAGAGAGGCCUUAUGAAUGUAAGGAAUGUGGAAAAGCUUUUAAUCAUUCCUCAUAUCUCACUAUACAUAAAAGAGCUCACACUGGAGAUAGACCUUAUGUAUGUAAGCAAUGUGAGAAAGCCUUUAGUCGUUCCUCACAGCUCACUAGGCAUAUGAGAAGUCACAGUGGAGAGAGGCCUUAUGAAUGUUAGGAAUAUGGGAAAGCCUUUACCUCAACCCUCUCUGGCCAUGUAAGAACUCACAGUGGAGACAAGCUUUAUGAAUGUAAGGAAUGUGGAAAAGCCUUCCACUCCUCACAUCUUACUGUACAUAAAAGAGCUCACACUGGAGAGAGACCUUAUGUAUGUAAGGAAUGUGGGAGAACCUUUAGGCAGUCGUCACACCUCACAACACAUACAAGAAUUCACAGUGGAGUGAGGCCUUUUGAUUAAGAGAAUGUGCAAAAAGCCUUUGCUAUUCCUUCUUAUCUCGAGGAACACAAAAGUCAUGGUGGAGAGAUAUGAAUGUAAAGAUUGUGAAGAAGUCUUAUUUUUCAUGCCUUUCUAAACAUAUAAGAACUCACACUGGAGAGAGACUUCAUGUACGUAAGGAAUGAGAGAAACUCUUCAGUUCUCUUUCAGCCUUUUGGAGACAUGUGGAAGGCUUACCAGAAAGAAAAUACAUGUGUAAGUAGUGUUGGAAAGCUUCAGUCAUCCCUUAUCUUUUUUAAAAACAAAAAAUACAUGGGAUAGAAACCAAGUAAUGUAAAAAAAGCUUUAUGGGAAAGGUUUUGUUAUGCCCCUCAUAC